CAUACAUUGGAUGGGGAAAUUAUCGCUACUAGGAUUAGACCGAGUUGAAUCGGCUAUAGACUAUUUAAGAAGGAAACCAUAUAUGCACGACAUCCACUUCAGGUUAGACCGUAUCUCUGUACUGGAAAUCGUGUCUAACCAUUCACGUGCUCAUACAGGUCUUCUCCCGCGACAGCAUGACCAGCUAGAACACCGUUCGUCACCAAAAUCCUCAGCGAUAACACAUCUCCGGACUUCUAUGCGAUUGUCGCGUCCACUCAGUGGGAGCCUUGGUGGCUUCGUUGGUCCCAUGGCUCGUGUGCACCUGUCUGCCACUGCCUAUGAUUCAUCGAGAUGUGAACUUGGCGUGGACCGUCUGCCGUAUCUACCUACACGUCCGUCUCCUCCGCGCUUAUGUUUUCAAUGCGGUUGACAUGCAUUCUCCCCGUCAGAUUCAGGAAGGUUCUUUGCCAUGGACUUUCAGACCGGAUGAAUAUAGCUCGUCCGUGCCGUGUAAGGCCCGUGGCUCACGUAGAGCCCAGAUGAUCGAAGCUCGGAAAGCUGGGAACUCUCUCGGAACAAGUCGGUGGUCGCGUCUGUCCGGCUUCUCCCCCCUGCCGCAAUUCUUCCCUUCAACCCGAAGAUGGCGAGAGAGAAGUCUGUCCGGGUUACCGGUUCAGAGAGUUACCGACUGACCGCCGCCGCUGGCAAUGGUUGCCGUUGCUGUUUCCCUGUGCGAUUAGCUCCAUCGGAACAGGCACCCACAAUGACCACGAACCCAUGCUUCAAGUUUCGGCAAGAGGAAGAGUCUCGGACGAUGCUCUUUCAUGCUUGGGUCAUGUCCUUAUCCGGCACAGUGCAUGCGAAGGCGUGUGCUCUGUCU